AUGUACGGAGUUGAUACCGGAAGGAUGUUACAAGAAAUUUGCCAGAAGGGCUCUAAUUUAUUCCAAGGAAGGGGUACUGGAAGGAGAGUGUCAGAAGUUGAUUCCUUAUCUAAUUUAGAGUCAAGGAAUGUUCGAAGACCCUCUUCAUCAUCUGUUGCUUGUGGUUUACCUCCAUUAGGAAGGCCAACUUCUUCUCAGGCAUCUGGAAAGAUGAAUACAAUUGGAGAUAUGACAGUGAUCAGCUUUCCUGAGGAUGUGAUUCGAGCUUCAGCUGCAGUGGAAAUCCUUCAGUUCGACAGAAAGGCUCGCAAUCUAACUACUAAGGCUGUGCAUGGGUCUUGA